AUGGCAGUGAAUUAUAUAAUGACUGUACUUUCACUUCAUACUUAUAUUAUGAAUGAAAAAUUCAUUGUUGGCUAUGCGCAUAUACAUAAAUUAGUAGAAAUGUCUGCUAAUUCUGAUUUGAUCAACGCUUGGGCAAUAUCAAUCAUGGCAACGAUAGUAAAAGCAGCAAAAGAUGAUAGUAAUAACAGCAAUACUGAUACUAAUAAUGAUGAAGGCGAAGAAUCAGCUCGCAAAUUAAUUCGUCUUGUUUUUAGUGUGUCUUAUUUUAUACUUUUCUUAUUUGGAACAUUUGGGAAUGGCAUUGUAAUAAUUAUGAUUGUUAACGUGAUGACUUCGGCCCAAAAAAAUAGAUCAAAUAUAAUUAAAGCUAAUCCAAGCAGUACAUUUCAUGUUUUUAUUUAUGUACUCGGUCUCUCGGUGGUAGAUUUUUUAGUUAUUAUGCAUUUACCAUUUUUAAUUGUUGAUUUAAUGUUUGGGCAAUGGCUGUUUGGAAAUGUAAUGUGUAAAUUAUAUUGGUUUGGUGAAAGUGUUAAUAAAUUAUUAAGCAGUUUUAUAAUGACUGUACUCAGUUGGGACAGAUAUUUGGCUGUAUGUUCCCCAAUGAAAUCCAUCAGAAUAAGAAGCAAUUCAGUUGCAUGCCUUGUAUUACUGCUUUGUUCAGCUUUAGCUGUGCUACUUUUGUUACCUGUUGUACUGAAUGCAAAAGUUGUACAUGUUGAUGUUCAUACAGGUAGUCUCAUAUCAAGCAAUGAAAACGAUGCUUUUUAUAAAGAUGGCAAUGACAAUAAUCAUCAAAUAACUCUUGUCAAAUGUAUAUUUGAAGGAAGCAGUCCAACAUUUAUGUAUUAUACAUUUGCAUGUGGCUUCUUGUUACCUGCUUUAUUAAUCACCUAUUUUUAUUUAAAUGUUAUUGCUAAACUACGUAAAAGUGCAGCAAAUAUCCGCAGAUAUAGUGAGAUAGUUCAGCAACAACAGAAUACUAAUAUGCGGAUAAGGCAGGUAAUAAAACGCAUCGUCACCAUGAUUUUAUUUUAUUUUUUUUGUUGGGCUCCACAUUGGACAAUUAAUUUACUGGCACAUUUUGGAUUAAUUGUUGUUUCCUGGUCAACAUUAACAUUAUCAUCAAUAUUUUUUGCUGCCCAUUUAUUAGUUUGCUUUAAUUCUGCUGCUAAUCCAAUUAUGUACGCUUUAAUUAAUCAUGAGUUACGUCAACAGCACACGCAAGCAUUAAUUAGACGACGUCGGUCAUUAUCUAACGUAACAAACGCUGUUUUGGAUGUUCACACCAGGCAUUCUUCCCACCAAAUGAAAGAUGACAAUUCACUUUCACCAUUAGCAGCAGUAAUGCAGUUCAGUUCACUCAGUAAUACGACAACAAUUAGCGGUGAUGGUGAAACGCCCAUAGAAUCAUCAGCAGCUUCACAUCAGCAGCAACCAAUAAUGAAGAAUAAUGCAAAUCGAACAAAUAUAUAUUCAGAUGUAAUGAAUAUACAAACUCUUUCAUUCUUUAAAAAUUUACUGAAAUACCAUAAUGCUAUUGAGGGCAAGUUUGUACGUCACAGCAGUAGCAUUAUAAGUCACUCAUCCUGUAAUCUGUAA